CUCAGACCACUGGAUCCUCGCCAGUACCUGUCCUGGUACCUUCACUCUGAAACCUGAACCAACCAGCCAAUAUAAAACCCACUCUGAACUAAAAAUGGCUCUGAGGAUCGUGAUGCUAGGGAAGACCGGCACUGGGAAGAGCGCCACUGGAAACACCAUCCUGGGUCGAGAGUGUUUUGAAUCAAAGUUCAGUGCCAAGUCAAAGACUGAGGUCUGUUCACUGGGCGAAGGUGCAGUAGAUGGUCAGAAGGUCGCCAUUAUCGACACCCCGGGUCUGUUCGACACCAGAUUUGGCAUGGACAAGACGGCCAAAGACGUCACCCAGUGCAUCACCUUUUCUCUUCCUGGACCCCACGUGUUCCUGGUGGUCAUCAGGCUGGGCAGGUACACCGCAGAGGAGAUGAGCACGGUGCAGAGGAUUCAGGAGAUCUUCGGCCAGGCAGCAGACCGGUACAGCAUGGUCCUCUUUACCGGGGGGGACCAGUUGGAAAUAGAAGACAUGACCAUUGAGGACUUCUUGAAUGAAAGCCCCGACCUGCAGGAACUGGUGGCUCGCUGUAACGGCCAGUACCACGUCUUCAACAACAGAGACAAAACCAAUCGCUCGCAGGUCACCGUGCUGCUCCAGAAGAUCAGAAACCUCAUCCAGAAGAACGGAGGGGGCCACUACACCAGCGAGAUGUUCCAGGAGGCCGAGAGGGCCCUGGAGAGGGAGAAACAACGCAUCCAGAGAGAGAAAGAAGAACAGAUACGGAGACAAAGAGAAGCACUAGAGAUGAUAGCGAGGCAAAAACACGAGGAAGAGAUGAGGAGGAUGAAUGAGCGGAUGAUGGCCGAGAGAGAGAGGGAGAGGCAGGAGAGAGAAAGAGAGAGACAGAGGGAGAUAGAGAGGAGGGAGCAGGAGAGGAGGAGGGAGAUGGAGGAAAGAGAAGCUCAGAGGAGGAGAGAGCAAGAGGAGAGAGAGAGGGAGAUGGAAAAUAUGAGGAUAGCUCUGCAGAGGGAGCAGGAAAGAGCUCUGCAGGAGGAGAGAGAGAGGUUGGCGAGGCAAUGGCAGUCACAGUCACACGCUCAGUCCAGGAAUGACUGUACAAUUCUCUGA